UGGCGCACAUAUAAUUUUCAACAGCCACAAAGAUAACUUUUAACCAUUUAAAUUCUAAACAAAACGUUUCGCGGUGACACGGCAUGUUAUUUUAACGGCGUUGCUGGUAGACAUGCACCUUCGCAUUUUCAUUUUGUUUUCUUGCUUGUCGUGUACUGUUUUCUGCGUUAAAGAAGGCGCGGACUACUGGCGAAAUGUGGCCCGUCAAGAAUUAUUAAGUUCCCUUAAGAGAAAAACCAUCGAACGUCCGGCGAAAAAUGUAAUUCUGUUCGUCGGCGACGGCAUGGGGCUGACAACCAUCACCGCCUCUCGGAUAUACUCCAAAGGCGAGCAGGGGUAUCUAGCGUGGGAAAAAUUCACAAACGUCGGCAUACUGAAAGUUUAUUCGGCGAACAAGCUAGUGCCAGAUUCCUGCAGUACCGCGACGGCCAUCUUUAGCGGCGUCAAGGCCAACCACAAAACUUCCGGCGUCGACGCCACCGUGGAAUUCGAAAACUGCCCCGCGUCGCUGGUCAAGUCCGCGCAGCUGGACAGUAUCAUCACGUGGGCCCUCGAGGCAGCAAAAUCUACCGGGUUCGUGACGACGACCAGAGUGACGCACGCGACACCGAGUGCCUUGUACGCGCACACGCCGAACAGGAAAUGGGAAUGCGAAAGCACCGUGCCGGAAAAUUCGAGAGCGUGCAAAGACAUAGCUCGUCAAUUGGUCGAAGAUUAUCCGGGCAAAAACAUCAACGUAAUCAUGGGAGGCGGGAAGCAAUGCCUCCAAUCGGACGUGACCGAUUCGGAUGCCGAUCCGAUCGACACGUGGUCGUGUUACAGCAGAGACGGCAGAAAUCUGAUCGACGACUGGGCUGACGAGAAAAAAACUCGCAACGUGACGUAUCAGGUGCUCCACAACAAUGCCGACUUGGAAAAUCUCGAUUUGAACGCUGAAUAUACCUUGGGUGUGUUCGCGAAUGGACAUUUGAAACACGACUACGAACGGGACAGGGGACCUCAGGGAAUGCCCUCGCUCACGAACAUGACAGAGAAAGCGAUAAGACUGCUAGAGAAGAAUGAAAACGGCUACCUACUCAUGGUGGAAGGUGGGAUGAUAGAUCAGGCGCAUCACAGAGGUCACGCAAGGAAAGCGUUGGGGGAGACAGCGAGUCUUAGCGAUGCAGUAGGAAAAGCUUUGGAGAUAACUAAGGAGGAGGAAACUCUUAUUAUUGUGACUAGUGAUCAUUCGCAUUCCAUGGUGAUCACAGGGUAUCCAGAUAGAGAAGCGGGAGUUCUAUCUUAUACUAAUUCAGCUAUGGACAAUCGACCUUUUACUAGCCUUAUAUAUGGUACAGGUGGACCAAAUAACUACCAAUUUACUGUAGAAAAUAACACUGCCGUCAGACAAGAUCCGUCUCACAACAACACCGCGGAUUUUGAUUAUUCUCAGCAAGCGCUCGUCUACACCGACGAAGUUACACACGCGGGCACCGAUGUGCUCGUAUACGCAAACGGUCCAAUGGCUCACCUCUUUAACAGCCUGCACGAGCAAAAUUACGUGGCGUACGCUAUAGCUUACGCUACCAGGACUGGGGAAUUUAGAAGCGCCGAACAGGCGAGCUCCCUGGACAAGGAUCGCUCGUGCAAAAGUCCCGAGCCCUGGUGUUUGAUAUUUAUCGCUUUGAUCGCGAUUAUACUCAGUAACGUGUAAAACAUUCGAAAAUAAA